AGCGAAGUCAAUGGCAGUGCUGAAUACAAGAGUUAGGAUCCGAAGGUAGGUAGGCUGGAGACUGUUAUAACCACUGGCAGCUGCCACUUGCUAAGUUUGCUGCGUUGAUGUCAACCUCGGCGUUGCAUCUCUGGCUGAGCUUACCAAUUUUGUCCGUUAGCGAGCUUGGGUCAUAGGUAAAGUCACUCCGACAUUACUAAUGUAGUACCUUCCGGCCUCCGUCGCCGGCACCGUUUGCAGUUGUUGCGGAGCCGGCCCCACUCCGGGACGGGAAAGACGAACGUGUUCUCGGCCGCGGCAAAACUUGGGGUAAGGGGCUGGCCCGUCCUUGCUAAGUCAUCAAUUGCAAGUUGUGCGAAAAGCAAGAUUUGAUCUUUUGAAAUGUCAAAUUUCCUCUGGACUCCAGCUCCGGCCUCUGUAACAGGAGGCCGCCAUCACAUCCUGCAAGAAUGGGCGCAGCAAGUGCAGCAGCAGCAUCAUGCACCCGCCUCAUCCGCAUCGUCUUCUUCCAACCCCAGAUACGUCGUCUCAAGUCCAUUCCAGCAAAGUACUAGCUAUCACGACUUUGAUUUUCUAAACGACAUACCGUGGGACCAAGCCAUUGAUAUCGAAGCGACCUUUGACGUUCAACAAUCCUUCGCUCAGUGUUUCUCCGCACCUGACCUGGAACAUCUCGACACUACCAUCGCCUGCCCCGACAUUCAUCCCACUUUGGGCCCCGACUACUAUGCCCAUCUGCCAGUGACUACCACAGCAGCCUUCGAAAUACCCUCCACCACCACGCCCACGUUGACUCUGCCUUCACCCUCGCUCGCCAACCACUCCGAGUCUCCUUCCCAAUCUCCCACUCCCAGCCCUAACUAUGACGCGGGCGUCCAAGUUCAAGUUCUCGUUCCCGGCCUGAAACUACCCGAAACUACCAAAUCCAAAUCCAAGUCCAAUUCCAGACCGGGACGGCGGCCAGCAGCAGCAUCAUCAACACUAUCAUGGCCGUCAUCGUCAUCGUCAUCAUCAUCAUCGUCUGACGGCAAAAGAGUUUCCAAGCGUUCGGCACGUGCAGUUCAUGGGGAUGAUGAUGAUCCUGAGAUAGUCCUGCGCCGGCAACGCAACAACAUCGCGGCCAAGCGAUACCGGCAAAAGAAGAUUGACCGGAUUCAGGAAUUGGAGGAGGAGGUUGCGCUGGUGAAGGAGGAAAGGGAUGAGUUAAGGAUUAGGGUUGCAAGGCAGGAGGCGGAGGUGGCUGCGUUGAGGGAGAUGUUACAGUUGAGGAUGGUCAAGGGGAAUGGGAAUGGGAAUGGGAAUGGGGAGGGGUCUUAGGCUAGGUUGAGGUCUGAUGUGGGCUAUGCUAGGUGCCUGGUACUAUGCAAGUUGAAUUGAAGACAGUAGUUGUUUGGCUUGGAUAUUCUCUAGUGUCAAUUGCUAUUGAUUUUGUGGUUGUGAUCCUGUCUAUCAUUCUAUGUGCAGAGGCCGAUUCCAUAUCGCUGUUGACGCUUGGUACAGUACAGUGUCCCAGACAUUACCCUUGUACAUAUGUCAGCCGGAGCAAAUCCCGUCCGCGUUCGAAACAGAGCAGAGAUGUAGAUGAAAGAAGGUAUCAUAACUGAAGUUUCAAAG